AUGGGGUCUGAUCCGCAAUAUGCGAAAUGGCCACUGUUGCCGCUAUCGCAGCAUGUCUUUACUCUCACCAACCCCUAUGCCGCCCGACCUGCCCAGCAAGCCGCCGUCAAGAGCUUACAAGACGCCAUCAGCGAGCAUAAGAUGGCCCCUCUCUACAGGUACCUUGCCCACCCGGCCGAGGGCAUCUUGAAUGCUUCGGGUGAGACAUCCUCGAGCACCGCCGCACAUCAGAAGCCUCUCGGUCGGAAACCCAGUGCUGGUGCGGCCAUGAUGGCAGGCGGUGCCCUGUCAUCGGCCGUAAGUCUGCCUUGGGAUGAUCAGGUCUACCAGCAGCUCAAGGCCGACAACGAUAAGGAGCUGGAGGAAAUCCAGAAGGAAGAGGACGAGGCUGUGGAGAAGGCUGGCGACACGGAAAUAAUGGCCGCAAGAGGGAAGCGUGCUGAGUUCUUUGCCAAAAUUGGCGACAAGGACAAGGCGAUAUCAGCCUACGAGGAUGUUCUCGAGAAGAACGGUAUUCUGGGUACGAAGAUCGACAUUGUACUUGCCAUCAUCCGCAUGGGUCUCUUUUACGGCGAACGUACCCUCGUCAAGAAAUAUGUCACAAAGGCGAAGACAUUGGUAGAGAGUGGCGGUGACUGGGACCGCCGCAAUCGCUUGAAGGCAUACGAAGGCCUUCAUCUCCUCACUGUCCGAUCGUACAACCUCGCCGCCCCUCUACUUCUCGACUCCCUGUCCACUUUCACCAGCUAUGAGCUAUGCACAUACUCCAACCUUGUCGUCUAUUCCGUCCUUGCCGGCUCCGUCUCCCUGAAACGUGUUGAUUUCAAGAGCAAAGUCGUUGAUGCGCCUGAAAUCAAGGCCAUCUUGGGAGCCGACGGAGAUGAUAAAAUGCUGGCCUUAACUGGCGCCCUUUCCGCAGGUCCCGGAGCUGAGGACUCGGGAGUGCGGGAUACCAAGACUACCACGGCACCCAACGUUGCGCCGAAAGCCACGACCGCCGUUAACCUGACCACCUUGGGUACGGGUGCAGAUCAGCCCGAGACCGAGAUGGCCAUUGAUUUCUCAUCUCUUGCCCAGCUCGUGAACAGUUUGUACAACGGACACUACAAACUAUUCUUCGAGGCCCUCGCUCUCGUCGAGGAGAAGUUUCUUACGCAGGACCGAUAUCUAUUCGAGCAUAGAGGAUGGUUCAUCCGCGAGAUGCGGCUGCGUGCAUACCAGCAACUUCUGCAGAGUUACCGCGUCGUGGGUCUCGAGAGCAUGGCCAGCGACUUCGGCGUUACAGUAGACUUCUUAGAUCGUGAUCUGGCUAAGUUCAUCGCGGGUGGUCGCAUACCCUGCACAAUCGACCGCGUGACAGGUAAGGGCGUCAUCGAGACGAACCGACCAGACGACAAGAAUAAGCAAUACCAAGAUGUCGUGAAGCAGGGUGACCAGUUGAUCACAAAGUUGCAGAAAUACGGCCAAGCUGUCCGCCUACGUGGUAGCGAACGGGCGUAG